AUGCCAGCCCCGACCGCACUUCGAGCGACCGAUAAUCUGGCGGCUGAGGCGCCCGUUGCCCCUCCUGCUCAGGAGCAAGACGAGGAAGUUCUGAUCGAUGCCCUGCCCGCCGUGGACCCCGAUGCUAUUCUUGCCCCAGUCGAGUCCACAGAGGACACUGAAAUGCGCAUCGACAUGGAAGGCCGCCCAGUUUUUACACCUGCGAAAGAUAUACCUACCGCGUACCGGGUUGAGUCCCGCAAAGUCCCCGUCCCUCCACACAGAAUGACGCCCUUGAAAGCAAACUGGCCGAAAAUUUAUCCCCCCCUCGUUGAGCAUCUCAAGCUGCAGGUCCGGAUGAACAUAAAAAGUCGAGCUGUUGAGCUGCGCACUUCGAAAUUCACAACCGACACCGGUGCUCUACAAAAAGGCGAAGAUUUCGUCAAAGCAUUCACCCUGGGAUUCGACAUAGAUGAUGCCAUCGCAUUGCUGAGGUUAGAUGAUCUUUAUAUUCGCUCGUUCGAGAUCCGAGAUGUCAAGGCCUCUCUCAACGGGGAGCACCUUAGCCGUGCGAUUGGUCGUAUCGCUGGAAAGGAUGGGCGGACGAGGCAUGCGAUUGAGAACGCAAGCCGGACGCGAAUCGUCAUUGCCGACCAGAAGAUUCAUAUCUUGGGGCGUUUCCAGAACAUAAACGCAGGCCAGGAGGCUAUUGUUAGUUUGAUCCUGGGUAGCCCUCCAGUAUAUGGCAAUCUCCGCAAAGUUGCCGCCCGGAUGAAGGAGCGUUUUUAG